AUUUCCGUUUCCGUUACCAGCAAUUUUCAAACGUUGACCCGCCUGAAGACUUACUUUCAGACUACCUUUAAAGAAAUGGAAAAAAAUGAUAGCAACAUGUGUGACUGUCACUCUUCAGUGUGUAUGGAGAAUAGAUUCAUGGAGAAUAAAAAUAUUUUACAUAUUGAGGUUUUUCAAAAACUAAAAAGUCUCGCUUCAGAAGACUACAUCGAAGAUUUAGUUAACGACUAUCUUGAUAACCAAUGCUCAAAAGAAUUUGUAGGAAAUACUAUUGACUCUUUUGACUCAUGUCCAGUUUUGAAAGAUGAAAUUGAGAAAAUUUCUUUCGAAGGUCAUGUUUUCGGAAGCAGAAAAACCUAUAUCUAUUCUUGUCAAACUGAAGAUCCUUACUGUGAAGAAAUAGAAGAAGGUAUCGUUGGAACAACUCUUUAUACACUACCAUCAGUUCAGUUUGACAAUUUAUGGGAUAAUUUAAUAUUUGACAGUGAUGUCAAGCAAAAGUUACUGGAUAUGGCAGCUACAACCAUUGUUUUGGCAGAUAAGGGAGUCGACUCUAACGUUGUUACGUGUAAUCGAAUGUUACUUUUGCAUGGACCUCCAGGAACAGGGAAAACAUCUCUUUGUAAAGCUUUAGCAAAUAAGCUAUCAAUAAGGCUUAAAAAAAGAUUCACUAGUGCUGAACUCUUAGAGAUAAAUAGCCAUAGCUUAUUCUCGAAGUGGUUUAGUGAAAGCGGGAAAUUGAUAUCUAAAACUUUUGCACGUUUGCACGAAAUAGCGGCUCUCGAUUCACAAACAUUGUUAAUAGUUUUAAUUGAUGAAGUAGAAAGUCUUGCGAUGAUGAGGCAAGCCUCUUCAAAUGACCCUGGCGAUUCAAUUAGAGCGGUUAAUGCACUUUUAACACAACUCGACCAACUUCGUCGUCAUCGCAAUGUUUUGGUCCUCGCAACUUCGAAUGUAACGAAAUGUAUAGACGAAGCAUUUGCAGACCGAGCAGAUAUGAAAAUAUUUAUUGAUAACCCAAGUCCUGCAUCAGCCUACAAUAUAUUAUGUUCUUCAGUUGAGGAGCUGAUUCGUUGUCGAAUAUUGGCCUUGCCUAAUAUAAAAUAUAAGAGAUUCAAUUGGUUUGAAUCUUGUAAUAAAGAUACUCCUAAGUAUGCACAGAUGAUUCAUAGAAUUGCUCACUGUUGUCAGGGACUCAGUGGAAGAACGCUAAGGAAGCUUCCUAUCAUUGCACUAUCAAAAUCUCGCGACGAAAUUCAAGAUGCAUCUUUAAAGAUUGAUGACUUUCUCGACGAACUUUUACAAACAGUCUAUUUAAAAAAGAAAGAAAAUGAAAAGUUCUAG